ACUUCAAGUAAACCGACCAGUGCAUCUAACUAUACAACUACAGCCAAAAUGUGUUCCAGGUGCUCGAAUAAAGCUAAACAAUGGUGGUCUAUCGGUAUUUCGGCUCUAAUAUGUGUCCUUGCUCUCGUUUUCGGAGUUGCGUGGCCUCUAAUUGUGCGUAGCGAAACGGAAAAGCUGCUUCUAUUGCAGCCCGGCUCGCAAGUUUUCGAAAACUGGAAGGAACCGCCGGUUCCUAUGUAUUUGGAGAUAUACUUAUGGAACUGGACCAAUACAGAGGAUUAUCGUAGUGACGGAUAUAAGCCUCGUCUUGAGCAGCUUGGACCAUAUACCUUCCGGGAGAUACACGAACGCGUUGAUCUUCAAUGGAAUGAUGAUUUCACGUUAUCCUUCUACCAGAAGCGCAUUUGGCAUUAUGAACCGCAGUUGUCUACUGGAGAUUUGGAGAAUGACAUAGUCAUAUCGAUUAACCCUAUUUUAUUGACAGUUGGUUUUGCCACAAAGGAUAAUCCUUUGCAAUCCUGGUUGGAUCUCAUGAUUAACGCCAGUCCUCACGUUAUCGAUUCACCAUUUUACGUGGUCCGAGCGAAGGAGAUACUGUUUGAAGGGCAUGACGACUAUUUCCUCGAAUCAUUGCUGUAUAUAGUAGAGCAAGCACCAGAAAUUAUAGGCGACGUUGAGUUGCCGCCAUUCGAUAAAUUUGGUUGGUUCUAUGAGCGGAACGAGAGUAAAACAUAUGAUGGAAAAUUUACGGUCGGAACCGGGGUAGAUGCAUUUGAAACGAUGGGAAUGAUGCAUCUAUGGAACAAUGUUAGGCAAACUGUAUUCUAUCGGGGUGAAUGUGGAUUGGUUCAUGGUUCUACGGGCGAAAUAUGGCCACCUUUCCAAGAAUACUAUAACACAAAUGUCACUGUGUUUUCACCGGAUAUCUGCAGCUCCAUGAGUCUGGAAUUUGAUGGAGACUUCAGUUUGCAUGGUGUCGAUGGAUUCAAAUGGAAGGGUAACGAGCGACCCUUUGACAACGGACACCGGUAUAUCGAAACCGAAUGUCAAUGCACUGCACCGAAAGAAGAAUGUCCCGUGUUGGCACCUGGUGUACUAGAUGUGUCACGUUGCAAAUGGGGUGCUCCGGCGACUGUAUCGUAUCCACACUUUUAUCUGGCCGAUCAAACAUAUCGGGAUGCCGUAGAUGGAAUGAACCCUGACAAGGAGCAACAUGAAUUUGUGCUUGCGCUAGAACCACAUACAGGAGUGCCUCUCACAGUGAAGGCCCAAUUACAAGUAAACUUGAUGGUCAAACAAUAUGGAUUAACCUUACUUGAAGGUAUCCCGGAUGUGAUGCUUCCAAUUUUAUGGUUCAGACAAAGAGCGGACCUUUCCGAAGAACUUGCUAACGAUAUCAAGCUGCUUCUUAUUCUUCCGGAUAUUGGAAUGUACAUCGGUAUUGGUCUGGGAGUUGUGGGAGCGAUUUGUUUAGGAUUAGCUCUGUACUUCUCAUUGAUAAUUUGGAGAACAGACAAGAGUGUGUAAGACAAUGAAGUAAUCCACAGUUAAUCCAUUUCCUUUCAUGUUGCUUAGAAUGCUAGACUUUCUCUGUAAAAAUCUCUACACAAAAUGUUGACAACGAAGAGAAGAUUGUUUGCGUCAACGUGGAGAAAAGACUGCGUACAAAAGUAAACAUAUGCACCGUAAAGGCUAGUUUACAGUUCGGGAAAUGGAUCGCGGGAUUUCACACGGGAUUUGCGUCGGGAUUUGAUCAGGGAAAAUUUCCCGCCGAGAUCUCUCCAAACUGUCAAACCAAAAACUCUGCUGCUUCUUAAAAAUACAAACAGUAUCAAACUUGCAGCGAAUUGUAAACUUUAUAAAAAUACUAUUUUCCCCGUCGGAAACAAUUUGUGUUGAAUUGUUCCCGGACGGAUUUCUGUGUGGAGAGUUUUAAAAUCCCGUGAUGUUUCCCGCGGUUGGGUUUACAC